CGCUUAGCAUCAUGUCUAUGCAAUCCAGGCUUCUGGAUUCGCAGCGGCCGGCGAAAUUACUGUCCUUCUCUCGAUCCCAAGAGCGCGCCACGAUCCAGGCUAUCGCUUACGAUGCGAUUUUCGAGAAACUCCCGUACCACCCGUGGUACAGCCUCGAUCGCAACUAUGCAACGACCCAGAUUCACCAUAUGUGCUCCAGCCUUCUCACCACCAUGAGCAAACGUUCCGCCGACGAUGCUGAGAUCGAAAAACUCUGCGCAGCACUGGAAGAGGCCAAGACAGUAUCGCACAAGAAGAGUCUUUGUAUUGCGAUUCUCCGCGAACAGGUCAUGGGAAAGAGACAAUGUCUAUGCUCAGCUUUCGGUCGUGACCUUGUGCAUGUCUCAUCAUCAUCUUCUGCAUGCACGGCAUUUCCGACUAUCGUCGCGCACAAGAUCGGUGCCAGCGAUGAUUCCCAGGAGAGCGAUGUCUUAAUCCAACUCGGCGAUACAGGGACGGGUUCCCUCGUAAACAUUGAACUCUACACUUACACCCACGAUCAAUGCAGUCUGCUGCAAGACCUGUAUAACUUAAAGUCCGGAAUCGAAAAUGAUGACGACGAGGAAAGUCAAGAGUUACCUCUGCUUAAUGAUGUCCAGAGGGAGCAGAUCAUAAAAAGCGCCCGAACAGCCAAGAGAUUCUUCAGUGUUAUCUUCAAGGCCGACAGCAGCCCAGAACGGGGCGUCGAGCUGAUGGAUGCCCUCUCUUCUGAGGAAAUGAGACAUGCUAGCUUCAUAGCUAAAUACGUCAGGUGGUCUCGGCUAUACAGUACUUGUGUCAUAUCGAGCUCACUGUUGCAAUAUGUGCUUCUGGACGAUCUGGCACAGAGGGUGCAGUCCAUAAGAGAACCUCCAUCCAUCGAAGCAUGGUGUUUGCAGCAAUGUUCGAAGUUACGCAGAGCACAGACAGAGAACCAUCGUCUGAUCAACGAGUACCAGGACUAUGUGCUGCAGGCACCAGGAGCUGCAUACCUCAAACACGAAGCGGAUAACAUCGAGCGGGCUCUCCGCGAGAAGGGCGUCCAGUUGAGAGUGCUUCUCAAAUCUGCUCGACAAUAUGCAAUGCUCUCUGUCGAGGCUGCAGGAAUCUCUCGGCUGCGACAAUACCUGCUUGGGGUACCAGCUCGGAUGAACUACGACAACCCCGAAUAUCACGUCCAUGAGAUGCUACCAGACAUUGUCAGCCAAAUUCUGCGCAUCCUUGGAAAAUUCAAGGGCGACUCUAUGUACGAAGGAAUGCGUCGAGACCUCGUCGCUUGGCUUCCAAGACUGGAGAUCACCCUAGACGAUUUUGCAGAUUGUAAGAUACCAAAGAGUGUAAUCAAGUCCUGGGGCGCCGACAAGGCUGAGGAAGGCAUUCUGAGAGGUAUCGCAAGCAUCGUGAAGGGCUUCAGAUAUCCAAGCCCGUUCUGGACAACAUUCCUAAAGCUGCUCAGAGAGAAGGGUAUGCCUGUGAAUGGUGUAGCCAAAGGUCUCAAUAUGAACAACGAGAUCAUGGUCAUCAUGGAGCCAUUCAUCAGACAGUGGCGAAAUCGAAUCAACGGUCAAAUUGGGGACCUGACCACAAGUCUCAACGCACCAGUGCAGUUCAUACUGGCACAGCUGAGAGCGCAUAUCGAGAACUUGACGCGCCAUGCUGAGCUGAAGAGCAACGCGAGCGCUGCGCUCGAAACGAGGGCGCGCAGAAUUGGACUCGCACAAGGCAAACUCCGAACUGGACUCGAGAGCAAACUGCGCGCCACCUACGUCCAUUACAAGACCGAGACAAACGUCUAUGCUCCAGUGGCUCUGGCGAUGAAGCCUUUCUGUGACACAGUGCUCGACAUCUGCGGCGGCAGAGGCGCAUACGCGCGCCAUUGCAAGGGCCUGCAAGAGAGCCUCUGCGCGCCCGAAUAUCCGAUGCAAAAAUUCUCAGCGGUCAUGGCCACCAAUAUCGCCGAGACGCUGAAGGAGCGCUGGGCGCAGUGCUGUCGAGAUCUCGUGUCCGAGGUCAUGGCCCAACUCAAAGGUUUCCGCGAGGCUGCUGAUGGGCUCCUGGACAGCGGCAAGUUUGUCAAGACGCAGCAUCAGAGGCUCCGCGAUGAGCUGCAUGAGCUACUUUUUGUGUUCAAAACGGGCCCUGUGAGGGCUCAGCAGGCGUGCCCGUGGCUUGAGGCUCCGGAUACUGGGGUCCUGGGCAAGCGUAAGGGGCAGGACGAUUUGCUGUGUGGGCUUUAGGUCAAGCGAAAGAGGGUUCUUUCUUGGCAGCUUCAGGCAAAUUUCGGUGUCUGCACAGGCAGUGGCAUGGCUGCGAGAGAGGUUUUUGGUUGGG